GUUACAUGUGGUCCUCUCCUCAGCCCUGCUAUGAGAUUGGCGAUCACACUGCGCAUGCGAGAGAAGCAAGAUUCAAGAUUGCAGUCAGUCGAGUGAGUAAAUAAGAAAACUAAAAAAAAAAAAAAGAGAGAGAGAUUAAAAAGAAACGAAAAGAAAGAGAUGUGACAAAAAGAAAAAAAGAAAAAAAGAAAAAAAAAUUCAUGAACUACAACGUGACGCAAAUGGAAGAGGUGGAGGAGGAGGAGCAGGUGGAGGAGGAAGAAGAGGACUGGAAGAUCAGGUGUGUUGAUGACUUCACCUGUACUGACCUGACAGACCAGCCCGGCGCCAGCAUUGUGUCACCUGUCGUGCUGUGCCUCAGUGGCGUUAUAGGUCAGGUAUGGGCGCUGUACUACCUCUACACACUCAAGAGGCCCCAACAUUCCCGCACCGUGUUCUUCACCUUACUCAGCACCUUGAUAUGGACAGACUUGGUGGGGAAGUUACUUACCACAGCCCCUGCUCUCGCCGCAUACGUGAAUGAGGGAUGGAUGGGAGGGCGGUCCACGUGCAUGGCCCACGGGUUCGUCAUGACCCUUGUUAGCCUCGCCACCCACCUCCUCGUCUCGACCAUGGCUGUGGAGAGGCUACUAGGCACCACGCAGACAUAUUUCUACAACAAGAACAUCACAUCUACCAGGACCAAAGUGUUGCUGGCUUCCCUGCUCGGCGGUGCCACAGUUUUCUGCUGUCUGCCUUUCUUUGGGAUCGGCCGUUACCAGCUCCAAUACCCUGGCUCAUGGUGUUAUUUGGAUUUCCACGUCACCUCAUCCUUUUUCUCCUCGUAUUCCUCCUCCUCAUCCAAUUCCUCAUCUUCCUCAUACUUGUUUUCACAUAAUGUUUCUUCUUCCUCUUCCUCCUCCUCAGUUUCGUUUUCCAUUUCAUCUCCCUCAGUUCUCAGUCCCAAUACAUCCUCCUCUUCCUCGUCCUCCUCUUCUCCCCUGCAGCACCUCAUCUUCACCAACUUCUUCGGGGUCAUCUCUGUUUCCUGCCUGCUGGUGAUGGUGGCUUGCAACCUCGUGGUGAUGUGGGUACUCGUGGAGAAGAAUCUUGCAAGAAGAGGAAAAUGUGAAGCCACAGUGCGGUGUCUGAGGCGUUGUCGAGGCCAGCGGUUCAGAAGGCACUUGGUGGCGCCCAGGAGCUCGAGCCACCAGGAGCUCGAGACCCAGAUGGUGGUGGUGCUGCUGGUCAUUACAGUGGUGUUUGUACUCUCCUGGUGUCCUAUUGAUGUGCAGCUGUUUCUGAACCAGCUGUGGCCCCAUCGAACCAAGGAAGACCACAUGAAGGACCUUGUGGCUGUUCGGUUCUCUUCUAUCAACCAAAUUGUGGAUCCCUGGGCUUAUAUCAUUAGCAGAAAGGUGUUCCGGCCCAGCGCCCUCAGGUGGGUGAGGUCCUCGGUCCUCAGCUCCCUCCUGGCAGGGCGAGACAGAAGUAGGCGUGGCCCAGCAGGUGAUGGCUCCCCAAGACCCUCCUCUCCUUCAGGUGAGGGUGGCAGUGGCAGGAAGAGACAGGCCCUGAGAGGCACACCUGUGGUCAUGGCAGCACUCACAAUCGGGGAGCUGGCACAGGCACCCCUCCUCAGCCCCACCAGCACCACCACCACCUCCACCACUAUCAGCAGCAGGCCAGGUGCUGAGGCUGUGGGUGCUGAGCUGAGGAGCCCUGCUACCUGCUCCCCCUGA